AUGUCUGGCUCACGGUAUACUCAGAUUGAAAACAGGAAUGAUCAAAAGUUGGAGAGUCUUGCUGGGAAGCUGGCAACGUUUAGAAACAUAAACCAGGAAAUAGGUGAUGAAGCCGCAGCGGACAGCUCCGUGAUAAAUCAGAUAUCCAACUCUUUUGAUUCUAUGGUUAACAACGUUCGUAAUUCUUCCAGUAGGCUGACAAGAUCAAUGAAUGCUGGGAAUAACGUGUGGAGAAUGGUAGGGUUGGCAUUGCUACUGUUCUUCAUCGUUUAUACUCUAUUUAAACUAUUUUAA